UGUCUGCAGAAUUUGUUUUGUGUGUUUUUAUUUCCAUGCUUCUCUCUCCUUUAUCUGUGUUUGAGUGUGUUCAUCUGAAUCUAGACAUACCGACUCACAUUAGCGGUGCAUUUGGGGCCAUUAUCAAUUGCACCAUGCUGUGCUCCUCUGUAUUUGUGGUGCUUCUAGUCCUUCUGGCCAAUCCGGUGCCAGGCCACACCCGGACCCUUCACACCCCUGACAAAGCCAUGCAGGUCAUCGAGCAGUUCCUUGAGCGCUACAAUGACCUUUUGACCCUUGAUGAUCUUGAGAACCUCACGAGUGACCAGUCAGAAGAGCCCAUGCAGACCUUCAGCUCUGGGCUAAAGGUGGCAGAAUACCCUAAGUGGAUUGACACACCUGUGCAGAGCGAGAAUGCCUGGCUCCGCGUCUUGAAGGGGGCUUUGGCCAAUCAGAAGCGAGCUCCACCGGACCGG